CCUGCUAUCACUAAACCCACACAUGAUCUUUAGUUUCAACCAUAACUGCAGCCUGUAUUUCUUCACUUAUCAGUCAGUAUCAGUCUCCAGGCUGUCCCGCUGAGUUACUCCAGCAUUUUUUUAAUCUGUCUUCGGUUUAAACCAGCAUCUGCAGUUCCUUCCUACACAGCGUUCACGAGGUGUUGCUGUUAAUCUGGUUAAAACUAACCCAGUGUUUUCACACCUCUGCCUUUCCUUGUUUAGCUUACAGCAAAUGUUUGAUAGAAAUGCCUGUCCUACCCUGAAGGAGAGCACCUGAGGCGGUGUGGUGAAUUCUCCGAGCCCUUGCGCAAAUUUAAAUCGAUGAGCGGGUAGUAGAUGAUUACACAGGACGAGAGGUGUUGGGAAAUCUUCAGAAUUUAAACAGGAGUCGGGACUCGCUGAGGGAGGGCACGUUCAGGCAGAAGAACUGAGAGAGUCGGGGCAGCGGUUGUGCAAGGGUCGUUGGCCUGCUGGCUGCCGUGGAAGUGUGGUCUCUCCUGCCGAUUCUGACAGACUCACGAAAGGCCUUCUCUACAGGUGUGUAGUGACCAUGAAGAGCAUUGUGCAGUCCAUUGCAGUGUGGGGCAGGAAAGCACCAUCUCAUUCCAUCUGUGCCCUAAUGCUGACUGACGACCAGCGGACCAUCGUGACAGGAAGUCGGGAAGGUCAGAUAUGCCUCUGGAAUCUGUCGCCUGAUUUCAGGAUUCAGCCUCGUGUCCUGUUGUUUGGCCACACAACAUCCAUCACUUCCCUUGGCAAAGCGAGUGAGAAGCAGCCGUACAUUGUCAGCGCGGCAGAAAAUGGGGAGAUGUGCCUAUGGAAUGUCACCAGUGGCCAAUGCAUUGAACAGACAAAACUGCCCUUCACUCACACAGCAAUCUAUUAUUACUACCGAUCCUUUCGGAUGUCGGGAGAGGGCUGGUUGCUGUGCUGUGGUCAGUACCAGGAUGUCUUGGUCAUCGAUGCACGGACCCUGGAGCUUCUCCACGCUCUCGCUUCAUCUGCAACCCCAGACUGGAUCAGUUCCAUGUGCAUUGUCCGCUCACAGAGAAUCCAAGAGGAUUCGCUGGUUGGCAUUUCAGUGACAGGAGAGCUCAAGGUGUGGGAUCUGUCAUCAUCUGUCAAUGGGGUUCAGGCCAGAGAGAAUGUCUCUGAAUCAGAGUCCAAAUCACUUCGGUGCUUCGAUUGUCAAGCUGUCUGCUUUUGUACCUACACAGAGCGGCUGCUCUUGGUGGUUUGUGCUGACUGCUGGAAGGUUUUUGACUAUUGUGACUUUUCAUUGCUGUGUUUGGGCAGCAGCAAAGACAGUCAGCAAUGGGCCGGUGGGGAGGUUUUAGCCGCCAACAAAAUAAUAGUCUGGACUGAGAGUGGUCGCAGCUACAUUUACCAGCUGCCUGACAGGUGGGCGCAGGUGGAAAAGCCACUCGAUAAGUUCAGCAGUUUGUUCAGAACGGGCAUCUUUACCUGCCGUCAACAUUCGUUAACAGAGACUGUUGCACCACGCCUGCUGUGCUACACAUCCAGUGAUACCAGCAGUAAGUUUCUCCAGGCAAUUCUGAUUUACAUCAAUGAACGUAAGGAGCCUUUUCACAAGAUUCUCUUCUGUGGUGAAGCUUCGGGGAAGGUUUCCAUGUGGCACAUUCCCGAUGUACCAAUGGCCACGCGUGAUGGCUCCCCCCAAGAGAUUAAGAUGGUUGCAACGUUGAGCCUACAAGGAGCAUUUGAACAGCACAGGACGGCCACAGAAGAAAUAACUGACCAGCUGGGUGGACACGUGAAUGGGAUUCCGUCCGGUUUGAUCACAGCCAGUAUUUAUAUUCCAAAUCUUGAAAAACUUGUUUGUGGAUGUGAAAAUGGGCGGAUAAUAAUCACCUUGGGUCUGCAUGCUGCACGGGCCCAGCUCCUGGUCGAACAUUUUUUCUUAAAAGCCUGGUUGCCACACAGGAUUCUGGUCGGCCACUGUAGCCGAGUAACCUGCCUCCUCCACCCACACAGUAAAUCUGCCACCUUCGACCCCAGCUGGUUGGUGUCAGGAGACGAAGACUCCUGCGUGAUCUCGUGGGACAUGUUCAAAGGGGAGGUCCUGCACAGAUUCGUCCUGCACGCGGGGGCCAUUCUGAACCUGUCCGUGUGUCCAGAGGAAUGCAGUCCAGAGAUGCACCAAGCCAUUUGCUGUGUGGCAAAUGAUAACUCUGUGGCACUGCUGAGCCUCCAAUGUCGAACAUGUCUGAUGCAUGCAAGGAAGCAUCUGUCACCAGUGCAGAUAAUAAAGUGGCGUCCAGCAGAGGAUCUCCUGAUAGUGGAGUGUAUAGAUGGAGCCGUGUAUGUCUGGGACAUCGAGACAGGAACACUUGAUCGACACGAGACUGGUGAGGUGGCAAAGGCAAUCAUCGGAUCUUGUGAUGACUCCUUGUCUAUAUUCAUGAAUACAAUCGAUUCGAUAUCCAUGGGAGGGAGAUCUCCUGACCCAGUGCAAAGGAAGAGCUGCAAGCAAUGUGCAUCCUUCAAAUUCAGCACAUCUCCUGCGGCUUUCCACACCACAGAGUUUGCGUUUCCCGACCCAAUUCCUCAAACGUUCACCAUCCAACCAGUGAAGACCAGCUGGAGCGACAGCACCACGCAUGUUUUGUUGUUCGACGUCAGCACCAUCUGCGAGCAGCUUCUCUCUCAUCGAGAGAAGGAGCCCAAGGCGCAAAGUGCUCAAGUCCAAAGCCACGAGACGUUGAAGCGGCUGGCUAAUGUCGACGGCAGAAAACCGCCAAUGUCCUUGAAAAGGAGCAAGGUUCCAGCAAAUCCCUCUCAGCCAAACGGGCUGGCAGCGAAAGGUUUGGUCCGCGAACAUAUCUUUUACAAUGAACACUGUGCGGGCGGGUUUGGAAGGGAAGGAGCUGCAAUUAGCAAGCACAAGACGAAAGGCAAAGGUACGAAAAAGGCCCCAGCAUCAGCGGUGAGCAAAAUGGACGUUGCAAUGGCUAUGGACGCAGCAAAAUUGCUGAUCUCCUGUCUGUUUCCCUGGGGUGUGGAUCGGGACCUGGAUGAAAUCUGCAUCAAGCAUCUGGGCAUGUACCAGCCACGCUGUCCGGUGGCCUUUGGCCUCUCCUCACAGGACGACUUCUUGUCUCUCCUUCUACCGGGCUGGUAUCAGUUUGAGCGCCCGGUGACAAAGGAACAUGUAUUCUGCAGCAAGAUAUCGAAUAAAGUGGUGGAACUUGCAAAACAAGUUUCAAAUAUCACCCAAGCUUGUGCUACUUCUCAGGCGGAGAGCUUGAAUGACAAUGCGGACGGAAGCUUUCAGUCAGAAAUUACGUCCUAUUUGGUAUCUGUCAUUUUGUUGGUCAACCUGCAGAUGAGAUUGCCCUUCCCGUCCAAGGGGAAUGACAUGCACAACCCUGUGAGACAGCACAAGGCCGACUGCCCCCGGGGUAAAGAAGGGGAGACAUCUCAGCAGUCAAUGUCCCCACUGACUGGAGAAGCUGCUCAAAAUAGAUUCUUCCGCCUAGGUUGGAGCUCGAGCAAAGAAACAAGUUACAAGAUCCUCACCAAUUUGAUCGCUGGUUGGCAAUUCCAAUCAGUAGAGCUGUUGGAAGCAACACAAGCCAUGUUACUAGCCGAAGUCCAAAGGGUUUUGAGAACUUUGACAACAACGUCAAUCAGCAGUCAACCCGUGGUCAGAGUCGAGAAUGGAAACAGCGAGACACAGGUUGAAGAACUGGAGCUGGAUGACAAUGCCAGAUCAGGUAAACCGCCUUCAGCGAACACGGUGACACAUGAUGGCAACACAGGCUUGGCAGAGCACCACGGAGCGCACGAUAUGUCUGAUGGAUGCGCCAUCGAAGUGUCUGACAGUCCAGAUAGUCUGCGAGAGUGGCCUAUGUCCAGGAUCUGUUUUUGCAAAGUUUGCUGAAGAGACAGAACGAAUCCUCGCAGGUCUAAUGGCCAGUUCUUUGAUGGAGAACAACGUUGCGAAGACGAUAUGGUGGAAGCUCUCAAGAUGGUCAGCCCUGACUCAAUGUUGUAUAAAAAUUUAGAGUUGUUAUAUCUGGAAGAAAUAAUAAAAUACUGUGGUCACGUCACCAUGUGUAAAGCAUCGAAAGGAUUUUCAGAGCAAUUCUUGAAUUCGGCCCAACUUGCCAACACUGGCCAACAUGUCCCAGUUACACUAGCCCCACCUGCCUGCGUUUAGUCCAUAUCCCUCCAAACCUGUCCUAUCCAUGUACCUGUCCAACUGUUUCUUAAACGUUGGGAUAGUCCCAGCCUCAACUAUCUCCUCUGGCAGCUUGUUCCAUAAACCCACCAGCCUUUGUGUGAAAAAGUAACCUUUCAGAUUCCUAUUAAAUCUUUUCCCCUUCAUCUUAAACCUAUGUCCUCUGGCCCUCGAUUCACCGACUCUGGGAAAGAGACUCUGUGAAUCUACCCGAUCUAUUCCUCUGAAUGAUUUUAUACACCUCAAUAAGAUCACCACUCACCCUCCUGUGCUCCAAGGAAUAGAGACCCAGCCUGCUCAACCUCUCCCUAUAGCUCAGACCCCUCCAGCCCUGGCUACAUCCUUAUAGAUGGCUUAUAUUCUUUGGUUAAGGUAUGUAAUAAAUCUGAGCUGAUAUUUAUUAAUAAUAGAAGUUCUGGAGCUUUGUGUUUUUGAAUUGCAAUCAGUCAUAUUCAAGUUUCUUCCGAUAUGUUUCCAAUCUUAUAUGUGAUGAAACUUGAAAAAACUACAGCCGAAGGUAUUGAUAAUUUGAGACCUCAAAUAUAUAUUUGACAUGAGGGAACUGAGCAACUUCAGAAGAAGGCAAAUAAACAGAAAUCUCGAGCUUAAGCACACAAGGGGAGAAUGUUCAGAAUUGAUUACAUGGGAUUAGUUCAGUUUAGUUUAGAGAUACAGCGUGGAAAAAGGUCCUUCGGCCCACCAGGUCCAGGGCGACCAGCGAUCCCCACACACUUACAUUAUCCUACACACACACACACACUCUAGAGGCUAUCUAUAAUUAUACCAUGCCAAUUCACGAACAAAUCUGUACGUCCUUGUUGUGUGGGAGGAAACCGGAGAUCCCGGGGAAAACCCACGCAGAUUACGGGGAGAACGUGCGGACUCCGUGCAGACAGCGCCCGUAGUCAGGGUCGAACCUGGGUCUCUGGCGCAGUGAGGCAGCAACUCUACCGCUGUACCUCUAAUAUAAUGGUGGUGGAACCCUUGACAUUUCGAUUCAGUGGGGAAGGGGAGCAAUUGAGCAAUGUUUUAUACCAUAAAUAAGACUAGCAACAUGGAAGAAUAAUGCUCUUUCAUAUUCUUAAUUAAUAUGUUUUUCUGCAAUAUUGUUAAUUAGUUCCUUUCUUGUAGUCAAAAAGGUGCCAUUGCACAUAUUGUUCCUUGCUGUUGAUGCAUGUAGAGCGAUUUCUACCAGUGGGAGAGUCUAGGAUCAGAGGUCAUAGUCUCAGAAUAAAAGGACGUACCUUUAGGAAGGAAAUGAGGAGGAAUUUCUUUAGAGGGUGUUGAAGCUGUGGAACUCAUUGUCACCGAUGGCUGUGGAGGCCGUCAAUGGAUAUUUUUAAGACAGAGAUUGACAGUUUCUUGAUUAGUGUUUAAGGGGUUAUGAGGAAAAGGCAUGAGAAUGGGGUUGAGACAGUAAAAUAGAUCAGCCAUGAUUGAAUGGCGGAGUAGACUUGAAACCUGACUAGGGGAAACAUCCUCUCCGCAUCCACUCUAUCCAAGCCUUUCACCCUCAUCCUUCUAAACUCCAGUGAGUAGAGGCCCAGUGCGGUCAAACGCUCAUCUUAUUCUAACCCAAUAAUAUUCUGGGAUCAUUAUCGUAAACCACCACAUCCUUCCUCAGAUAUGGGGAUCAGAUCUCCUGAUCCAGAUCAGAAUUCCUGUGUCUCUUUAGCCCUGACAUCCUUCCUCUUCCUUCCUGGUCAAAGCCUGGCCACCUUCCAUCAUUUCCCCCAACCACCAGAGAUACAAACUUCAGCCAAACUUUUCUCCAGCACUCCUCACCUGGCGAUUUCAAGCUGAAAUGAGGCUGGGAUGCUCAAUCAGAUAAACCCAAACUAAGAGUCAAGAGUGUUUUAUUGUCUCAUGUCCCAGAUAGAAGAAUGGAAUUCUUACUUGCAGCAGCACAACAGAAUAUGUAAACAUAGUACAAAAUAAACAAUAUAAUAAACGAGAGAGGGAAGAAAAAGUUCAGCGUAUGUAUGUAUGUAUACUCUCACAACAGUUGAAGUGUGAUUUGUUGUUGAGAAUACCCAUUGUGCUUUGUGUGUGGCAUUGUCUUAUAGAGAGUUUAUUGUACUGAAGAGCAGGGCUGUGGAGUCGAUGCCCAAAACACCUGACUCAGACUCCGACUCCUUGAUCUCUUGUGUAUCCGACCGACUCCAACCUCAACCCCUAGAUAUAAUAAUUCUAAACCUGCUAUGAUGACCUUACACAAGAUGGCAUUUCAUAAGAACUAUAUGAAUCAUUGGGCUACUUUUCAAACCCAUGUCCUUAAAACUUUGAGUCUAAUGGUUGUAGCUAUGGUAUUGUGACUUUUCUAUUGUUUAUUCUUGGGGAAAAAAAACAUAAUUCAUUAUGCUAAAAGAAAAAUAAAUUACAUAUAUGACUAUGACAAAAUUAAAAUUCCAUUGAAUUAAAUAAAAAUUAUAAAAGCAUCAUUCCAAAAUGUAUUACACUAAGGCCACAGGUAUGAGCUAAAUGGCUAAAUUAUGACUAAAAUAAUAUCUCAAUUGCAAUAAAAAUUAAAACUAAAUGCAUCGGUAGUUAAGUUUGCGACAAAAGUACAUACCUAAAAUUAUUAAUAACGUCAUUAGGAACAGAAUUGCUUCUGCCAGAACCUCUUUCAUUGAAGCCCUUAAAUCUGAUUUAAUUAUUUUCAGUGCGGAGAACAAACUCUCCACACUGACCUGAGUGGGUGGUUUGGCUGUUGCUAUCAUAGCUGCAAAUGUUACCAUUUCUGGAUAAGCAGGGAUGAUUUCUUGUACUGUAAAUUUAAAUGAGCGAUCAUAUUUCUUUUAAACCACCAAGAAAAUCUUGCUUAAAUUCCAUAAGUCUAUCGGAUAGAGGACAUUCUGUAAACAGAUGAUUGUGCCUAAGUUAAUUUGUGUUAACUUUUGAUAAGUAAAAUAAAAUUAUUCAAUAGAUUUUCAUACUUUUAUGUUGCCUUUGCUUUUAUUUUACCAGAAUAUUUCAUUGUUUCUAUUCUGUAAUGUUGGUGUUUAAUAUUAGUGAGCUGGACUGCUGCAGGAUAUUCCAUAGAGGAGCAGAGGAUCAGAUAUCAGUGUGUGCCAAAGUUAGACACAAAAUGCUGGAGUAACUCAGCGGGACAGGCAGCAUCACUGGAGAGACGGAAUGGGUGAUGUUUCGGGCUGAGACCCUUCUUCAGACACAGAGGGAGAGCAGCGGGAGAUGGUGUUGCAGAACUCUUAUCAGAGAGAGGAGGAGAACUUCAAAGUAUAGAUACAUAGAUACAUAGAAAAUAGGUGCAGGAGUAGGCCAUUUGGCCCUUCGAGCCUGCACCGCCAUUUAAUAAGAUCAUGGCUGAUCAUCCAACUCAGUAUCCCGUACCUGCCUUCUCUCCAUACCCUCUGAUCCCCUUAGCCACAAGGGCCACAUCUAACUCUCUC